GGUGAGUGGGUGUGGGUGGACUCUGCUAUCGGGGUGCCCAUCGGAGCCCGGGUCAAAGUGACCGACACUGGACACCAUCUGCUGGUGGACGAUGAAGGAAAGGUGACCGUGGCACUUCAUUAUACUUGUAUUGUAUUGAAUUGUGUGUCUGUUUUUUUAUGUACUGUUGGUCUCAAAUUAGUUCAAGAUCUAAGUCAAUCACUUUAGGGAAUAAUCUAUGGAACUACUAUCUAAUUUACAAGUUACAUACUCUAGAACAACAGUGAUUGUCAACUGGUGGGUCUAGAACGUUAACAACAUUUGUUUAUCAUUGUCUUUUUACUGUACCUUUCCAUUCUGCACUGCUACUCUAGAACGUUAUUUAUCAUACUUCCAUGGACAAUGAUCUUGCAUUCUGCACUGCUACUCUCGAACAUUGUUUAUCAUACUUCCAUGGACAAUGAUCUUUCAUUCUGCACUGCUACUCUAGAAUGUUGUUUAUCAUACUUCCAUGGACAAAGAUCUUGCAUUCUGCAUUGCUCGAUUAUAAAAUAAUUUAAUGCCAUAACCAAAAAUGUAAAGGGACAGUUUAAAAACAAAAACAACGUUUUCAGACCUUCAGACCACACAAAGUGACGUCAUGUAACUGAAGAUGUCUAACAAAUCCAAUAUUGAUGUCAAUGGGUCAAUCUGUACCUAAAGUUCUGUGUAUUUUCCCUGGAUCGUUCCCAGGAAUACAAGCUCUCCCAGAAGGAGGAGGACUCCAUCAGGGUGAUGCACCCCACCUCGGUGGAGGGGGUGGAUGACAUGAUCCGCCUGGGGGACCUCAACGAGGCCGGGCUCCUCAGGAACCUGCUGGUCCGACACAGGCAAGGCGUCAUCUAUGUGAGUCCCCUAUUGUACUACACUACCCAUAAUGCUUGGUGUAAGAUAAAAGGUUUGGUCUUGAUGUUCUGAAUCUUUUGAAGCUAACAUAUUGGUGUAACCCAUCUCCGUACCAACACACCCAUCACCGCUCCUACACAUGCUUGCUGUACAUUCAGACCCUUUCUAUGCUAUGGAUGUUGGACUAUUUUGUUUAUGUUGAAAACAAGCAGAAGAAAUAUGAAAAAUGUAUGAAAGACGUUCACAGAAUUAUUGAUGUGGUGCCCCCCAAAAAAGUGGGCUGCACAAGCCUAAACCUCUGUUAAUGUCUUGUGCCCAGACCUACAUAGGUUCUGUGCUGGUGGCAGUCAACCCUUACCAGGAGCUUCCUAUCUACACAGCCGACCAGGUGAGGCUGUACCACGGGCGUAGGCUGGGCGAGCUGCCCCCGCACGUCUUUGCCAUCGCAGAUACCUGCUACUUCAACAUGCGCCGUCACAACCGAAACCAGUGCUGUAUCAUCAGGUUAGACUGGCAGCAUUCCACUUGUCAGACACCCAAGUCAUUCCGUUGAGCAUUAGGAAACCAAAGCAGAAUAUGUUUGAAGAUGCUGUUUGGAGGGGUUCAGUCCUACUCUUUACAUUGACAUUUACACUGGAUUUACACCUGAAAUCCAAGAACUGAUGGACUGUCUCUCUCUUUUUUCUGUCAGUGGGGAGUCUGGUGCAGGGAAGACUGAGAAUACCAAGCUGGUCCUUCAGUUCCUGGCUGCAGUAAGUGGACAGCAUUCCUGGAUAGAGCAGCAGAUAUUGGAGGCUAACCCUAUACUAGAAGGUAGGCUCUUUACUGAUUAAGAUAUUUUUCUCUACGGUACGUCUAUCUUCCUCUCUCUUUGUCUCUGUCUCUCUCUCCUCUCUCUCUCUCUCUCUCUCUCUCUCUCUCUCUCUCUCUCUCUCUCUCUCUCUCUCUCUCUCUCUCUCUCUCUCUUUGUCUCUCUCUCUCUCUCUCUUUGUCUCUCUCUCUCUCUUUGUCUCUCUCUCUCUCUUUGUCUCUCUCUCUCUCUCUCUCUGUCUCUCUCUCUGUCUCUCUCUCUCUCUCUCUCUCUCUCUCUCUCUCACACGGACACACACAUGGACACACACACAGACACAUGUACACACAUACAUGUCUAUGAGAGUAAGAGGGAUCUGUGUUUCUACACAUGCACACACACUAUCGUAAUUGUUGUUACUCAUGACAACCUUCCUAUUCCUGCAUCCCCCCCAGCAUUUGGGAAUGCCAAAACAAUUCGCAAUGACAACUCCAGUCGCUUUGGGAAAUACGUGGAAAUCUUCUUCAACAAAGAUGGCGUCAUCGAAGGGGCUCGCCUGGAACAGUACUUACUGGAGAAGUCUCGUGUCUGCCAUCAGGUGGGGCAGCAAAGGCAGUAUCUUUUAAUUAAGCAAUAAGGCCCGGGGAGGGGGGGGGGGGGGGUGGUGGUGCCUGGACACAGCCCUUAGCUGUGGUAUAUUGGCCAUAUCUCACAAACUCCUGAGGUGCCUUAUUGCUAUUAUAAACUGUUUACCAACGUAAUUAGAGCAGUAAAAAUAAAUGUUUUGUCAUACCCGUGGUAUACGGUCUGAUAUACCACGGCUGUCAGCCAAUCAGCAUUCAGGGCUCGAACCACCCAGUUUAUAAUAACAUGCAGAACAUGACGAAAUGUCAUAGCUAAUUGCUUCAUAAAGUGAAUUGAUUCCAAAACCAUCUCAACUAUCUCUGGUAAACAACAGGUUUGUCUAAUUUAAGUCUAAUUUACGUGUGUUCGUACUUGGAAGAGGACAAAAUCCAUUGUAGGCAAAAAGGUUUAAUUAAUGAGAUUUUGAUAUAUUGAUAUAUGUAACACUACUGUUAAUUUUUACUAAUGAACCCUAGGCCAUGGAGGAGCGGAACUACCACAUAUUCUACUGCAUGUUAGCGGGGGUGACAACAGAACAGAAAACAAAUCUGUGUUUGGGAGAUGCCUCUGAAUUCAGCUACCUCAAGAGGGUAAUAGCACUAGACUGCUAAAACAUGACCACUUACUCCCAUUUAUACAUCUACCUCAUUAAUACAUUACAUUUUUACUGGGUACAACUAAGUAAUUGUCCACUGGGCACAGACGUCAGUUCAACGUCUAGUUUUAAUUUACAGUACCUUCAGAAAGUAUUCAUACCCCUUGACUUAUUCCACAUUUUGUUGUGUUACAGCCUGAAUUCAAAAUGGAUUAAAUUGUUGUUGUUUUUCUUACCCAUCUACACACAAUACUCCAUAUUGACAAAGUGAAAAUAUGUUUUUAGAAAUGUGGGCAAAUUUAUUGAAAAUGAAAUACAGAAAUAUCUCAAUAACAUAAAUAUUCACACCUCUGAGUCAAUACAUGUUAGAAUCACCUCUGGCAGCGAUUACAGCUUUUAGUCUUUCUGGGUAAGUCUCUAAGAGCUUUGCACACCUGGAUUGUACAAUAUUUGCAUAUUAUUAUUUUAAACAUUCUUCAAACUUUGUUGAUCAUUACAAGACAGCCAUCUUCAAGUCUUGCCAUAGAUUUUCAAGCUGAUUUAAGUCAAAACUGUAACUAGGCCACUCAGGAACAUUUAAUGUUGUCUUGGUAAGCAACUCCAGUGUAUAUUUGGACUUGUGUUUUAGGUUGUUGUCCUGCUGAAAGGUGAAUUUGUCUCCCAGUGUCUGGUGGAAAGCAGACUGAACCAGGUUUUCCUCUAGGAUUUUGCCUGUGCUUAGCUCUAUUCCGUUUCUUUUUAUUUAAAAAAACUCCCUAGACCUUGCCGAUGACAAGCAUACCCAUAACAUGAUGCAGCCACCACCAUGCUUGAAAUUAUGAAGAGUGGUAGUGAUGUGGUUUGUUGGAUUUGCCCCUAACAUAACUCUUUGUGUUCAAGACAUAAAGUUAAUUUCUUAGCCACAUUUUUUGCAUUGCUUUAUUGCAAACAGGAUGCAUGUUUUGGAAUACUUUUAUUCUGUACAGGCUUCCUUCUUUUCGCUCUGUCAUUUAGCUUAGUAUUGUGGAGUAACUACAAUGUUGUUGACAUCCAUUAAACUCUGUAACUGUUUUAAAGUCACCAGUGGCCUCAUGGUGGAAUUCCUGAGCGGAUUCCUUCCUCUCCAGCAACUGAGUUAGGAUAGACGCCUGUAUCUUUGUAGUGACUGUGUGUAUUGAUACACCAUCCAAAAUGUAAUUAAUAACUUUAUACCCAUCUACCAAUAGGUGACCUUCUUUGCGAGGCAUUGGAAAACCUCCCUGGUUUUUGUGGUUGAAUCUGUGUUUGAAAUUCCCUUCUCGACUGAGGGACCUUACAGAUAAUUGUAUGUGUGGGGUACAGAGAUGAGGUAGUCAUUCAAACAUCAUGUUAAACACUAUUAUUGCCCACAGAGUGAGUCCAUGCAACUUAUUAUGUGACUUGUUAAGCAUAUUUUUACUCCUGAACUUAUUUAGGCUUGCCAUAACAAAGGGGUUGAAUAGUUAUUGACUCAAGAAAUGUCAGCUUUUAUUUUUAAUUAAUUUGUAAAAAAUUAUAAAAACAUAAUUCUACUUUGACAUUGUGGGGUAUUGUGUGUAUGCCAGUGACACAAAAUCUCAACUUAAUCCAUUUUAAAUUCAGGCUGUAACACAACAAAAUGUGGAAUAAGUCAAGGGAAUUGAAUACUUUUUGAAGGCAACUGUAUAACCUUAGACCCUGUGUUCUAUAGGGUGACUGUAUUGUCUGCGAUGGACGUGACGAUGCUAAGGACUACACCCGUAUCCGCACGGCCCUGAAGAUCCUCACCUUUACCGAGACCCACUGCUGGGAGAUCCUCAAGCUGCUUUCUGCACUACUCCACUUGGGCAAUGUCAGCUUUGAAGGUGGGGUCCUCUCUGGGUCUAUGACCUGAUGUCUGAGUGUAUGUUCUUGGGGAAUAUGACCUGGGCAUUGUCAUCACCCAAUCCCCUCCAACCCAAAUGGCCACAUUUCUUGAGAUCCUGAAAUACUUGAAUGUUGAGGUGUUUUUGUUGUUGUUAGUUUAUUUUUAAUGUGAAAGUUUUAUUUUGUUUAUUUGCCUUACAGCCUCCAUCUUGGAUAACAUGGAGAGCUCUGAUGUCAGUUCAUCGGAUCACUUUACAAUUGCAGCCAAAUUGCUGGAGGUAGGCAUGUUUGUUUGGCAAUUACAUGUUUUGCUGGUAUGUUUUGUGAUAACAUAUUAUGAAUAUACAGUACAAUUUAUAUGUUAUACAUAUAUAUCUGUAUGUUCCUUACAGGUGCAGCCUGUAUCUCUGGGUGUGAGCCUGACCUACCGCUCCUUCAUGACCAACAGAGAGCGAGUGUCCAAACCCCUCAGCUCUGAACAGGCAGCCGACUGCAGGGACGCCUUCGUUAAGGUAAUGAUGCCACACCUGUUUGAAGGUGCCAAGGCACGAUAUAAAGUAGGCUACCUCCUGAAACAAGAGGGAAGACAACAGUCAUUCACCAAGGCACAUAGGCCUGAAUCCUUCCUUAAGAUCCGUGGGCGAAUGAACGUAACUCAAGUCUUCCAUUGACAUCAGUGCAUGAUUUACUUGAUUGUUGAGUUAAGCGCUCUAGGAUUUGGUCCAUAUUCUAUAUUCCAUAUUCUAUAUUCCAUAUUCUGUAUUCUAUAUUCUGUAUUCCAUAUUCUAUAGGGUAUGUGUGUUGUUUGUGUCAUGAUUUCAUCAGGCAAUAUAUGGCAAACUAUUUAUCUGGAUCGUUGGGAGAAUCAACAGUGCCAUCCAUAAAACUCCCACCAACGGUCCCAAAUACGUCCGUAACUCCAUUGGCUUGCUGGACAUCUUUGGGUUUGAGAACUUUGCCUCAAACAGGUAUUCCAGUCAAUAUCAAAUACUAAUUUCCCUUUUGUUUGUGACAGUCAACAUGCAGAUAGUUUAAUACAACCUUGUAUGCCCUUCAUGCUCUCUCCCUGAUGCUAUGUAACCAACCGGUCAAUAACACAACCCUUUUCCCCAUGCUUUUUCACAGCUUUGAACAGCUGUGCAUCAACUUUGCCAAUGAGCAGCUGCAGCAGUUCUUUGUGCGUCAUGUGUUCAAGCUGGAGCAGGAGGAGUACACUAAGGAGGACAUCGCCUGGAAGAACAUCACCUUCAACGACAACACACAUACCCUUGAUCUCCUGGCUGGGAAGCCCCUCAAUGUGUUGGCCCUGAUUGAUGAGGAGAGCCACUUUCCCAAGGUAAACAAUCUCAAAUUCCUCUAAUAAACCAUGCUGUGGAGGCAGUCUGAAUUGGUGAGGUUUGUGACCUUGAAUGUUUCUUCCAGGGCACAGAUGUCACCAUGUUGAACAAGAUGAACCAGGUUCAUGCCAAGGACAACAUUUACAUUCCAUCUAAGAACACCCACGACAUGGAGUUUGGGAUCCGCCAUUUUGCUGGGGUUGUUCGCUAUGACUCAAGAGGUAACCAGAAGACAAAGGGAUCACAUAAAAUAUUAGUUGAUUUGCUGAAACACGAAUACGACCAAUCAGAUAUAUCAUCACAGUGUUUUUUAGUCACCAUUUGAUCCUGUAUGUUUUUCAUUCAGGAUUCCUGGAGAAGAACAGAGAUACUCUCAGCUCUGACAUUAUCAAGUUGAUUGACACAACCACCAACAAGCUGCUGAGACAGAUCUUUGAGACGGAGUUCAGUGCUAAUGUAGUGAAGAACCCUGCCAGCAACAACAGGAUCGUUAUGACACCCAAGAGCUCUCUACGGGUUUGUAGCUGCUGUUGCUAUUAGGAUUCUGAACAUCUAACUCCCAUUAGCUACACUGAACAAAAAUAUAAAAUGCAACAUGCAACUAUUUCAAUUGCUGGGAUCUUUUAUUUCAGCUCAUGAAACAUUGGACCAACACUUAACGUGUUGCGUUUAUAUUUUUGUUCAGUAUAUAUUCACCAAAAACAAAAGCUAUGGGUUUCCCUAUUUCAUGUAGAUUAGCAGCAUUAUGAAUUAUUCAUACAUUAUCUAUCCAUUUUUCAUCAAGUAAUCUGUGCUUUGGUAACACCCAAUGGUUAGAUUUGGGGUCAUCUAAAAAGUAUUGCACUGUGGGAAUUCCAGUUUCUCCACAUGGCUUUCCCACAGAUAUAGUCACUGCCAACGGUCCAAAAUUCCACACAGUUGACAUUGUGAUCUUUCUCCGCAAAGGCGGCCCAGACGGACGGCAGGAAACAGGUGUCUACGCUGAGCGGUCAGUUCCGCCAGUCCCUGGACUCCCUCAUGAAGGCCCUGUCCAUCUGCCAGCCCCACUUCAUCCGCUGCUUCAAGCCCAACGACAACAAGAAGUCCAUGGUGAAUAAGGCAGCCAUUUGUAGUACUGGGCCAGAUACAGCGAGACAUGAUUCAUUGUUUUUAUGGUGCAAUGUCACAAUCGGUGGAGGUCAAACUCACACAAAACAGAAACAAUGUGAUUAGGUAGAAUGGCAGUUUCACACCAUAAAAAUUUGAAAGUCCCCUUUUUCCAUAUUACAGUGCACUCCACUCUACUAGAACAAGCUUAUGAAUGUCUAUGUCUUCCUCAGGUUUUUGACAGAGACCUGUGCAUACGUCAGCUGCGGUAUUCUGGAAUGAUUGAUACCAUCAGAAUCCGGAAACUGGGAUAUCCAAUCCGUCACACGUUCAAGCAGUUUCUGCAGCGGUACAGAGUGCUCCUGAAGACAACCGUCUGUGACCCCAAAACUGUAAGACAUUAUUAUUUAGAAUAUGAUGAAGAUGAUGAUAAUGACGAUGAUAUUUGUUAGCAUUCAAAGCUCCAAAGUUGUCAUUGCUUUUAGUUUUGUGGUUAUGGUUCCCAAUAUCCUCCUCCCUCUCCUAACCCAGGAGUCAGCAUCAGCCUGCUGUAAUGCCAUCUGCAAGGCCGUGAUCACAGGACAGGACGACUGGAAGAUCGGCACGACUAAGAUCUUCCUAAAGGUGCAGUUAAACCUAGAUUUUCUAGUCUAAACGAUUCUAAGCCAUAAUGUGGACGCCACUGAGCCGGCGAGGGAUAUGGCGUGAAAAUGUAUUUCAAUGCAGGGAUGGAAGAUGACGCUGUACUCCUAGUUAUCCCAUUAUCCAAACUGACAAAUGGAGAAGAUUGAAAUACUGCUCGUUUUUAAUUAAAUUGCCCUUUUUCGUCUUCAUGCUAGGCUAGCGAGACUAAACCAAAGGCUAGCAGAGACUAAACCAAAGGCUAGCGAGACUAAACCAAAGGCUAGCAGAGACUAAACCAAAGGCUAGCGAGACUAAACCAAAGGCUAGCGAGACUAAACCAAAGGCUAGCGAGACUAAACCAAAGGCUAGCAGAGACUAAACCAAAGGCUAGCGAGACUAAACCAAAGGCUAGCAGAGACUAAACCAAAGGCUAGCGAGACUAAACCAAAGGCUAGCGAGACUAAACCAAAGGCUAGCGAGACUAAACCAAAGGCUAGCAGAGACUAAACCAAAGGCUAGCGAGACUAAAACAAAGGCUAGCGAGACUAAACCAAAUGCUAGCGAGACUAAACCAAAGGCUAGCAGAGACUAAACCAAAGGCUAGCAGAGACUAAACCAAAGGCUAGCGAGACUAAACCAAAGGCUAGCGAGACUAAACCAAAGGCUAGCAGAGACUAAACCAAAGGCUAGCAGAGACUAAACCAAAGGCUAGCAGAGACUAAACCAAAGGCUAGCGAGACUAAUCCAAAGGCUAGCAGAGACUAAACCAAAGGCUAGCGAGACUAAACCAAAGGCUAGCAGAGACUAAACCAAAGGCUAGCAGAGACGAAACCAAAGGCUAGCAGAGACUAAACCAAAGGCUAGCAGAGACUAAACCAAAGGCUAGCAGAAACGAAACCAAAGGCUACCGAGACUAAACCAAAGGCUAGCAGAGACUAAACCAAAGGCUAGCGAGACUAAACCAAAGGCUAGCAGAGACUAAACCAAAGGCUAGCAGAAACUAAAGGCUAGCGAGACUAAACCAAAGGCUAGCAGAGACUAAACCAAAGGCUAGCAGAGACUAAACCAAAGGCUAGCAGAGACUAAACCAAAGGCUAGCAGAAACGAAACCAAAGGCUAGCGAGACUAAACCAAAGGCUAGCAGAGACUAAACCAAAGGCUAGAGAGACUAAACCAAAGGCUAGCAGAGACUAAACCAAAGGCUAGCAGAGACUAAACCAAAGGCUAGCAGAGACUAAACCAAAGGCUAGCAGAGACUAAACCAAAGGCUAGCAGAGACUAAACCAAAGGCUAGCAGAGACUAAACCAAAGGCUAGCAGAGACUAAACCAAAGGCUAGCAGAGACUAAACCAAAGGCUAGCAGAGACUAAACCAAAGGCUAGCAGAGACUAAACCAAAGGCUAGCGAGACUAAACCAAAGGCUAGCGAGACUAAACCAAAGGCUAGCGAGACUAAACCAAAGGCUAGCGAGACUAAACCAAAGGCUAGCAGAGACUAAACCAAAGGCUAGCAGAGACUAAACCAAAGGCUAGCAGAGACUAAACCAAAGGCUAGCAGAGACUAAACCAAAGGCUAGCGAGACUAAACCAAAGGCUAGCAGAGACUAAACCAAAGGCUAGCAGAGACUAAACCAAAGGCUAGCAGAGACUAAACCAAAGGCUAGCAGAGACUAAACCAAAGGCUAGCAGAGACUAAACCAAAGGCUAGCGAGACUAAACCAAAGGCUAGCGAGACUAAACCAAAGGCUAGCAGAGACUAAACCAAAGGCUAGCGAGACUAAACCAAAGGCUAGCGAGACUAAACCAAAGGCUAGCGAGACUAAACCAAAGGCUAGCAGAGACUAAACCAAAGGCUAGCAGAGACUAAACCAAAGGCUAGCGAGACUAAACCAAAGGCUAGCGAGACUAAACCAAAGGCUAGCGAGACUAAACCAAAGGCUAGCAGAGACUAAACCAAAGGCUAGCAGAGACUAAACCAAAGGCUAGCAGAGACUAAACCAAAGGCUAGCAGAGACUAGCAGUAUUUCAAUCUUCUCCAUAUGUCAGUCCCUGAAUUGAGGCACGUUUUCAAGCCAUAUCCCUCGCCGGCUCAGUGGUGUCCACAUUAUGGCUUAGCAGGUUUUAGCUAAGUUAUACCCCACCACACUAGACAACCACAAACAUUGGUAAUGUUGUAACAGCAAUGAUGUAAUCCCAAAUGUCACUUAAAGCAAUUUGAAUAUGUUACAAUGAUGUUGGUCUCCCUUUUUGAAAAGGUCCACAUGAAUCCUCUAUAACCUGUCUCCACCCUCUUCCCAUUCAGGAUGCCCAUGACUCCCUACUGGAGCGGGAGAGAGAGCGAGAGCUCAACAGGAAAGCCCUCAUCAUCCAGAGGGUCAUUCUUGGCCACAGAGACAGGUAGGGGAGGAACACUGAGACACACAGCUUUUUUAUUUCACCUUUAUUUAACCAGGUAAGCCAGUUGAGAACAAGUUCUCAUUUACAACUGCGACCUGGCCAAGAUAAAGCAAAGCAGUGCGAUAAAAACAGAGUUACAUAUGGGGUAAAACAAAACAUACAGUCAAUAACACAAUAGAAAAUCUAUAUACAGUGUGUGCAAAUGUAGUAAGUUAUGGAGGUAAGGCAAUAAAUAGGCCAUAGUGCAAAAUAAUUACAAUUUAGUAUUAACACUGGAAUGAUAGAUGUGCAGAAGAUGAUGUGCAAAUAGAGAUACUGGGGUGCAAAUGAGCAAAAUAAAUAACAAUAUAGGGAUGAGGUAGUUGGGUGGGCUAAUUACAGAUGGGCUGUGUACAGGUGCAGUGAUCGGUAAGCUGCUCUGACAACUGAUGCUUAAAGUUAGUGAGGGAGAUAAGAGUCUCCAGCUUCAGAGAUUUUUGCAGUUCGUUCCAGUCAUUAGCAACAGAGAACUAGAAGGAAUGGCGGCCAAAGGAGUUGUUGGCUUUGGGGAUGACCAGUGAGAUAUACCUGCUGGAGCGCAUACUACGGGUGGGUGUUGCUAUGGUGACCAAUGAGCUAAGAUAAGGCAGGGAUUUGCCUAGCAGUGAUUUAUAGAUGACCUGGAGCCAGUGGGUUUGGCGACUAAUAUGUAGUGAGGGCCAGCCAAGGAGAGCGUACAGGUCACAAUGGUGGGUAGUAUAUGGGGCUUUGGUGACAAAACGGAUGACACUGUGAUAGACUACAUCCAAUUUGCUGAGUUGAGUGUUGGAGGCUAUUUUGUAAAUGACAUUGCCGAAGUCAAGGAUCGGUAGGAUAGUCAGUUUUACAAGGGCAUGUUUGGCAGCAUGAGUGAAGGAGGCUUUGUUGCGAAAUAGGAAGCUGAUUCUAGAUUUAACUUUGGAUUGGAGAUGCUUAAUGUGAGUCUGGAAGGAGAGUUUACGGUCUAACCAGACACCUAGGUAUUUGUAGUUGUCCACAUAUUCUAAGUCAGACCCGCCGAGAGUAGUGAUUCUAGUCGGGCAGGCGGGUGCAAGCAGCGUUCGAUUGAAGAGCAUGCAUUUAGUUUUACUAGCGUUUAAGAGCAGUUGGAGGCUACGGAAGGAGUGUUGUAUGGCGUUGAAGCUCGUUUGGAGGUUUGUUAACACAGUGUCCAAUGAAGGGCCAGAUGUAUACAAAAUGGUGUCGUCUGCGUAGAGGUGGAUCUGAGAGUCACCAACAGCAAGAGCGACAUCAUUGAUAUACACAGAGAAUAGAGUCGGCCCGAGAAUUGAACCCUGUGGCACCCCCAUAGAGACUGCCAGAGGUCCAGACAACAAGCCCUCCGAUUUGACACAUUGAACUCUAUCUGAGAAGUAGUUGGUGAACCAAGCGAUGCAGUCAUUUUGAGAAACCAAGGCUAUUUAGUCUGCCAAUUAGAAUGCGGUGAUUGACAGAGUCGAAAGCCUUGGCCAGGUCGAUGAAGACGGCUGCACAGUACUGUCUUUUAUCGAUCGCGGUUAUAAUAUCGUUUAGGACCUUUAGCGUGGCUGAGGUGCACCCAUGACCAGCUCGGAAACCAGAUUGCAUAGCGGAGAAGGUACGGUGGGAUUCGAAAUGGUCGGUGAUCUGUUUGUUAACUUGGCUUUCAAAUACUUUCGAAAGGCAGGGCAGGAGGGAUAUAGGUCUGUAACAGUUUGGAUCUAGAGUGUCACCCACUUUGAAGAGGGGGAUGACCGCGGCAGCUUUCCAAUCUCUGGGGAUCUCGGAUGAUACGAAAGAGAGGUUGAACAGGCUAGUAAUAGGGGUUGCUACAAUUUCGGCGGCUAAUUUUAGAAAGAAAGGGUCCAGAUUGUCUAGCUUGGAGGGAACACAGGAUAGAAAAUGGCAUACGACAUGUCAUACCUGACACAGGAACCUCAAUGUUUGGGAUGUUGUGGUCACUGACAUGGCUGCAUCUGUUAUUCUCUCUGAUACCCCAAUCUAAAGGUUUACCACAUAGUUACAUACAGUUGUUACUAUUGUUUUAAUACAGUAGUUCUUACAGUCGGCGCUAUUUAAGUUUUGUUGAAAUGUAUUCUUGUUGUAGGAAGAGCUUUGUAAAGAAAAGGAGAGCUGCUGUGGUGAUACAGAAGCAUUGGAGAGGUUACAGAGACAAGAAACAAUAUAGAAAGGUAAGUCAAUGGCUAAGUUUGAAGUGGCAGUUAGGGAGGUCUGAUGCCGAAAAAGAAAUACAAUAUUUGCUCUUCUUUUUGCCAAAUAAGUAGUGUGAAGUUCCAGUAUUUAGCUACACCACUACAUGGCCAAAAAGUAAUUAACUACUGAAAACACUACCAAUAUUUGAAUUGAGUUCAACUACCACUAAGCUACAGCAAAAUGCUAUGAAAUUACUAGUUGAACUACAUGUAAUUCACUACUCCCCAACACUGGUAAGGAGUCAACUCAGAUACACUUUUGUAGACAAACUGAGGUGAUAUUGAUUCAAUGCCCUAGCUAAGGAGUGCACAUUAUUGUGCUGAUAGAGAUUUGCUAAUUUUCUUUUUUUUAUAGGCUGGAUCAGCUUUUAACACAUCUUUCGGUUUUCUCUCUUCUGCUCACAUUUACCUUCUUCAAGCAUAAUUUAUCCUUCUCUCUGUCUCGUUCGACCAGCUCCAGCGCGGCUUUGAGCGUCUGCAGUCUAAGAUCCGUGGUCGUCUGGCCCGGCUGCACUACCUGAAGAAGCUGGCGGCAGCCGUCACCAUGCAGUCCCAGGUGCGCGGGUACCUGGCCAGGAAGAGUUAUAGGAGCAAGAGAGAAGCUGUGACUGUCCUCCAGGCCCACACCAGAGGCAUGCUGGCUAGAAAGACCACCAACAAGAUGAGGACAGACGUGAGUUCUGACAUUUGAGAAAAGUGUGUGUGUGUGUGUGUGUGCAUGCAAGCCUGUUUUUACACCUGUGUGUGCCAUUGUGAGUGAGUUCAAUAUAUCUGUGUGUGUGUUUGUGUUUGUGUGUGUGUGUGUGUGUGUGUCUGUGUUAGGCCUUCCUAUCAGCCCAGGAGCGGGAGGUGAGGGAGCAGACAGCUGCAGAGCUCCAGCGGAGGCUAGAGGAGGUCCUCAGCCAAUCACAACAGGCUGCUGCCGAGCCAGAGCCAAUCAGUGAGCAGGAAAUGGUGGAAACCAUGUUUGACUUCCUGCCCCACAAAGUGACAGUAGGAGGGCGGGAGGGCCCGGCGCCAGAGGGCUUUGAGGUGAGGCUCACAACCACUGGUGGAUCUCUGUCAUAUCAACGUAGGAUUCCAUUUGCCAUAGCCUUAUAUGAUUAACACUGCUAACAGAAUGACCACAUCCACCUAAUCGUCUCUUCUCCUCGAAGAAACAUUAUAAUAUUCUACUAUUCUCUCCAACUCAAAGACUUCCCUUUUGUUAUGUUUGUUCCUUGUAUAAUGACAAACCGGGGCGUAGGUUGAACUACUUUUAAUAAACUGAUACUUCAGCUAGCAAUCUCCUUGUGUAGCCUGCUUGGUAACGUAGUCUUAAUGUUAUUAACACAUAACAACACAUAUUUUACAAAAAAAAGUAUCUAACUGAGUAUCCAACUGCACUCUCCCUAUCCGUCCUCAGGACUUGGAGAGAACGUGGGCAAUCCCAGAGGUGACUGAGGAGAGCCGAGAGGAGAGCCGAGAGGAGAGCCGAGAGGAGAGCCGAGAGGAGAGCCGAGAGAAGAGCCCAGUAGAAACCCCAGCUCCGGUAGUAGUACCAGUACCAGCUCAGACUGAACCAACUCCUGCACCAGCACCAGUACCAGUGGAGCUACCAGUGGUGGAGGAGUACGAUGAUGAGGAUGAGGAGUUAUCCUUCAUCAAGUUCAGUGCUCUGCACUUCCAGGGCUCUGCUACCCACGGUCACAUCACCCAGAGGCUGCGGCAGCCCCUGCUCUACCACGAGGACGAGGGGGACGCACUGGUGAGAAGUCAACAUCAGGCUUCAGUGUCUCUCAGAGGGAUUCAAAGCAAGGAUGGAAUUUUUCUUCCUCUAUAACAUAUUCCACAUUAUAAACUGGGUGGUUUGAGCCCUGAGUGCUGAUUGGCUGAAAGCCGUGGUAUAUCAGACCACCGGGUAUGACAAAACACUGUUCUAAUUACGUUGGUAACCAGUUUAUAAUAGCAAUAACGCACCUCAGGGGCUUGUGGUAUAUGGUCAAUAUACCACGGCUAAGAGCUGUAUCCAGGUACUCCACGUUGCGUCGUGCGUAAGGACAGCCCUUAGCCGUAAUAUAUUGGCCAUAUACCACACCUCCUCGUGCCUUAUUGCUUAAUUUCUUCCGUCCGUGGGGGGGGGAUAACGGACGGGAGAGGAAGGACCGAGACGUGCGCAGCGAGUACGCCGAGAAGACGAGCACGCAUAGAACGCGAGUACUCGCACACUCUCCUAUAAUGAUCUCCUUCCAUGCUCCUCUCCUCAUCAUCUCCUCUCCUCUCCUCUCCUCUCCUCUCCAGGCCUGUCUGACAGUGUGGUGGAUAAUAUUGAGGUUCAUGGGGGACAUAGCUGAGCCUAAACAGAUAAACCAGGAGCCCUCCACCAUCAUCCAGAAUAACCUUGGCCAGAGGCAGAACAGGAGGCUCAGCAAUCUGGUGGGCCUGGAUCAGGUACUGAAUAUAAGGCCUUACUAGGACUUAACCUUCAAUUCAUUUCAAUUCAGUUCAAUAGGACUUUAUUCAUCCCUGAGGGGCAAUAAGAAAAACAUUGUUACUCGCUGAUUCCCUUAAUGUAAUGGCAAUUGACAGUUGUGUCAUUUUGCGUGUUUCCAUUAGGUUACUGUUGUUCUGAGUUUUUGCUGACUGAAUUCACCCACUAACAAUUUGACAGAUGUCUAAUUUGUCAUAUCCAUUUUUCCAUCAGAAAAUACUAAGGAAAAACAGAAAGAAAGAAGGAAUGGGGAACAGAAAAGCUUCAACCAUUAUAGAUGAGGUAUGUGACAUAAGCUAAAAUUAGGCUGAAUAUCCAUGAUGUAACAACACAGGCUAAUUGGGUCAUAUCUAGAUGGGAUACAGUUUAUGUCAAGUUUAGCUAACCCUAAACCUUUUCCUAACCUUAAUCUUAUUAUCCUAACCUGCUACGUAAAGUCUCCUAACGUGCUGCCUAAGUUCUCUUAACCUGCUAAGAAAAGUCAAUUAUGACAUAAACUACAAAAAGUCAGUUAUGACAUAAACUACGAAAAGUAAAUUAUGACAUAAACUAUAUUCCAGACGAAACCGGCUAAUUGUCUCAUUGUGCUCCUCACCUCCUCCAGUCAGAGACUAUGACGGAGGAGAAAGACAUUCUGAUUGGAGAGGGGCGCACUUUGGAUCGGCCAAUAUCCGACCUGGAAAAACUGCACAUUAUUGUUGGAUACGCCCUAUCCAGACGAGAUAUAAGGUAACAAACCAAAUUACAACAUGUAAACAAUGUUACCCAGAUAUUUCCCAGUUAUCGAUGUCUACAAAAGUAAUUGGUUUGAAUCCAAAAACUGUUUCAUUCAGAACUAAUGAAGGAUUACAGCUACAGUUGCAGUGCAUAUGAAUUGGAUCCAAUCAAAACUGAUAGAUAGCUACUUGAGCCCUGUCUGUCCUUGUUUGUCCGUGUAGAGAUGAGAUCUACUGUCAGAUCAUUAAACAGCUGGUGAACAAUAAGAACCAGAAGAGUUCCCUCAGAGGCUGGGUCCUCCUGUCCAUCUGUCUGGGUAUCUUCCCCCCAACAGAACUCCUUAUGCAGGUCAGUCUAAAGUUGACAUUUUUUCACCUUUGGCAAUAUGUCUUAAGGCGUUGUGUUUUUACGCAUACUCACACUGAAUUUAUAACCCAGGCCGAACUCAAUCAAUUACAUACACUGUAAUUCUAUUCUAUCCCUCCCUAUUCUAUUCCACAGUACCUGGAGUGCUUCCUGCGCAGAGGGCCAAGUAGCUAUGGUCCAUACUGUGCUGAGCGCCUGCGUCGCAUCGUGGCCAAUGGGGAGCGAGGUGAACUGCCCUGUUGGAUAGAGCUCCAGGUAAAAUACAGCAUCCGUGACUGAGACAUACUCAUCUGGUUGCCAUCUCUCUUCUGACACGAUGCAACAGAAUUGGGGGGUAGGCCUGUCAGGUCUCAAACCCGGGUCCAACAAACCCGGGUCCAACAAACCCGGGUCCAACACCCUAGCCAAAGAAUCUCAAAUCUCUUGAUGAUGUCGCUAGGUGUCGACUACUGCUGCUGUUAAGCAGUAUCAACACUACAGGUCAUGGACGGUAUUCAUGACAAAUGCCGCGUUCAAAACAACUGGGAACUCAGAACUAGGAACUUGGAAAUCUCUGACUUCCGACUUCAGUGCGUUCAAGACAACUGGGAACUCUGAAAAAAACUAGCUCCGACUGGGAAAAAUCGGUUUGAACGGUCAUCCAACUCGGAAUUCCAACUCGGGAACUUGGGCCUCUUUCUAGAGCUCCGAAUUACUGACCUGAAGAUCACUGACGUCAUGAUUUGACCUCGUAUUUUUCCCAGUUCCCAGUUGUCUUGAGAUCAGCAUCAGAGCAGGUUUGGUCAGACAACAGGACAUUGACUGAAGCAGAAACAGACUGGCACUCAUGCUAAAUGAUGAGAGGUCGCAUCAGAGUUAUGUGAGAGGCAGUUGCUAAGCUACAGCUACAUGAGCUAACCACUGCUAAUAUCCCACCUACUCCAACAUAUGAAAUCGAUUCUCUGUUUUUGCUCUGCCGACAUACAGUUGAAGUCGGAAGUUUACAUACACCUUAGCCAAAUACAUUUUAAACUCAGUUUUUCACAAUUCCUAACAUUUAAUCCUAGUAAAAAUGCCCUGUCUUAGGUCAGUUAGGAUCACCACUUUAUUUUAAGAAUGUGAAAUGUCAGAAUAAUAGUAGAGAGAAUGAUUUAUUUCAGCUUUUAUUUCUUUCAUCACAUUCCCAGUGGGUCAGAAGUUUACAUACACUCCAUUAGUAUUUGGUAGCAUUGCCUUUAAAUUGUUUAACUUGGGUCAAACGUUUCGGAUAGCCUUCCACAAGCUUCCCACAAUAAGUUGGGUGAAUUUUGGCCCAGUCCUCCUGACAGAGCUGGUGUAACUGAGUCAGGUUUGUAGGCCUCCUUGCUCGCAAACGCUUUUUCAGUUCUGCCCACAAAUUGUCUAUAGGAUUGAGAUCAGGGCUUUGUGAUGGCCACUCCAAUACCUUUACUUUGUUGUCCUUAAGGCAUUUUGCCACAACUUUGGAAGUAUGCUUGGGGUCAUUGUCCAUUUGGAAGACCCAUUUGCGACCAAGCUUUAACUUCCUGACUGAUGUCUUGAGAUGUUGCUUCAAUAUAUCCACAUAAUUUUCCUUACUCAUGAUGCCAUCUAUUUUGUGAAGUGCACCAGUCCCUCCUGCAGCAAAGCACCCCCACAGCAUGAUGCUGCCACCCCCAUUCUUCACGGUUGGGAUGGUGUUCUUCUGCUUGCAAGGCACCCCCUUUUUCCUCCAAACAUAACGAUGGUCAUUAUGGCCAAACAGUUCUAUUUUUGUUUUAUCAGACCAGAGGACAUUUCUCCAAAAAGUACGAUCCUUGUCCCCAUGUGCAGUUGCAAACCGUAGUCUGGCUUUUUUUGGUGGUUUUGGAGCAGUGGCUUCUUCCUUGCUGAGCGGCCUUUCAGGUUAUGUCGAUAUAGGACUCGUUUUACUGUGGAUAUAGAUAUUUUGUACCUGUUUCCUCCAGCAUCUUCACAAGGUCCUUUGCUGUUGUUCUGGGAUUGAUUUGCACUUUUCGCACCAAAGUACGUUCAUCUCUAGGAGACAGAACACGUCUCCUUCCUGAGCGGUAUGAUGGCUGCGUGGUCCCAUGGUGUUUAUACUUGCGUACUAUUGUUUGUACAGAUGAACGUGGUACCUUCAGGCGUUUGGAAAUUGCUCCCAAGGAUGAACCAGACUUGUUGAGGUCUACAAUUUUUUUUCUGAGGUCUUGGCUGAUUUCUUUUGAUUUUCCCAUGAUGUCAAGCAAAGAGGCACUGAGUUUGAAGGUAGGCCUUGAAAUACAUCCACAGGUACACCUCCAAUUGACUCAAAUGAUGUCAAUUAGCCUAACAGAAUCUUCUAAAGCCAUGACAUCAUUUUCUGGAAUUUUCCAAGCUGUUUAAAGGCACAGUCAACUUAGUGUAGUUAAACUUCUGACCCACUGGAAUUGUGAUACAGUGAAUUAUAAGUGAAAUAAUCUGUCUGUAAACAAUUGUUUGAAAAAUUACUUGUGUCAUGCACAAAGUAGAUGUCCUAACCGACUUGCCAGAACUAUAGUUUGUUAACAAGACAUUUGUGGAGUGGUUGAAAAACAAGUUGUAAUGACUCCAACCUAAGUGUAUGUAAACUUCCGACUUCAACUGUACCUUUAUGGCGGCAGGUAGCCUAGCGGUUAAAGAGGCGAGCUAGCAACCGGAGGGUUGCCUGUUCGAAUCCUGGGUCUGACAGGAAAAAUCUGGAAGAAGUGAGCUGGCAACCAGAGGGUUGCUGGUAUCAAAUACUAGAUGCCGUUGAAGUGAUCUUAAUAUUAAUCUUAUGACAGUGACUGUAAGGAGACAGGACACCAAAACUGGAUGUGUACAGAGCAAUAUGGUUACUGUAGUAAGUAGUACAUUAUUCUACAAGGACUACUUAUUCCUGUGUCUCCGUCUUCCCACAUGUAGGCUGUGAAGACCAAGAAGCCCACACAAGUAUCUGUGGCCCUGAUGGACGGCCUUAGUGUCAGCCUGCCUAUUGACUCAGCCUGUACCUCUGCUGAGGUGUGCCAGGCACUGGCCAAGAAAGUCAACAUCAAGGAUACCUACGGAUUCUCUCUUUACAUCGGCUUCUAUGAGAAGGUGAAGGAAACCCAAAGGGUUUUAGGGAUACCUAGCCAUGCAACUAAAAGGAGUACGUACAGAUGUAUGAUCUUAAUUUGAGCCAGUUUGCUACAGCAGGAAAAUAAUCCUGCAGCAACAGGAAAUGUGAAUUAUUAUAUGGAUUAUAAUUCAUGGAUAUUUUUGUAAGGGAAAAACAAGUGUGAGAGUGGAAAUUACAAACUUCAGAAUCCGUUUUAAACCUCAAAUACACUACACAUUUGAAAUCUCCUGCAUUGCAGGAAAGUUAUUCUGCAACAGGUUGAUCAAAUUAAGGUCCUACAUCUGUAUUGACAAAGAAGAUACAUAAUAAAUACAGCUGUGUCAACAGAUACUCUUCUUAGUCGCAUGGCAAGAGGAUACCUAACUGUGGUAUCCUGGUACUGGGUGGGCAUCAUGCCUUGUGGAUUGAGAAAUUGAAGUUGCUCAUUCAACGUCAGUUCAAUAUUGAGAUUGAAAAGGGACAACGUUAAAAAAAUAUUUUUAUUGGACUUGAUAGCAUUUGACUACCAUUUAUUAGCAUCUUUGCUAGCUUUCAGAAGUUGACUAACAUUGACUUGCAUUGACUAGCCCUGUGACAUGUUUUGACUAGCCCUGACAUAUUUUGAUUAGCCCUGUGACAUGUUUUGACUAGCGCUGACAUAUUUUGACUAGCCCUGUGACAUGUUUUGACUAGCUCUGACAUAUUUUGACUAGCCCUGUGACAUGUUUUGACUAGCCCUGACAUGUUUUGACUACCCUGUUGCAUGUUUUGACUAGCCCUGUGACAUGUUUUGACUAGCCCUGUGACAUGUUUUGACUAGCCCUCUGACAUGUUUUGACUAGCCCUGUGACAUGUUUUGACUAGCCCUGUGACAUGUUUUGUCACUGUGCUGUUUCAAGAUGUGGUCCCUGGGCAGUGGCAGAAAGCACGUGAUGGACGCCAUCUCGCAGUGCGAGCAGGAAGUGAGGCGGAAGGGCGAGGAGGAGCAGCACGCCUCCUGGAGACUCUACAUCCGCAAGGAGCUGUUUACGCCGUGGCACGAUUCCUCGAUAGAUGCCGUCAGCACGGAUCUCAUCUACAGACAGGUCAUCAGAGGCCUCAAGUCUGGGGAGUACCAUUCUGAGAAGGUGCGUCGUUGUUUUAUUUAUUUUGUUUAACCUUUAUUUUGACAGGGAGUCAAUGCUGAGACCAAGGUCUCUUUUCCAGAUGAGCCCUAUAUGGCACAACAAUACACAUCCAAAUACAAUACACACAUUAAACUACACACCCAUAUACACAUUAAAAUACACGUUAUUAUACACAACAAUACAUGAAAAGCAAAACACAAUAGUAAAAAACAGUACACCGCCUUAAGACUCCACCCACCCAGACAGUGUGGAUAUCAUAUCAUUGAUGGUGUAAUUGUGAAAGUAGCCUCCACUACUCUCGAGGUAGGUUGACCAUGAACUAAGCAUGAAUCUUAGGAGUCACAAUGUCUCACUGAACUCUGUGAGAAAUCAUAAAAGAAUAACGAUCAAUUACCACUAUUGUUGAAAAAAAGAAAGAUAUAAAGACUGCAUAUGUUUGAAGUGGAAAUUCUAUUAACUAAACAACUAAACUGUCUUUCUUUAUAAUUGGACCUAAACAGACUUUGUAUUUAUUUGUUUUGUCAUCCAGGAGGAUGACUUUGUCCAGCUGGCAGCGAUGUACUACUAUGUGACGUUUGGGUCUGCCAACAGUGGAGAAAAUGCCAAGAAGGUGGUGGAGGAAUGCAUCCCUACUGAACUUAUUGAGACCAAGUCACAAGGAAAAUGGAUUCAGCUGGUUACCGCAGCACACACACAGGUAAACUACUACUCACUGCUGCAAUAAGUAAUGGCCAGACAACCUGUAAUAUAUUCUGUUCUAAAAUUCCUGCUAUUCAGUGUGCUAUCCCUAUCAAGUAAAGUAAAGCAAAGUAAAAUAAAUAAUUAAAUAAAAAAGUUAAGUUGAGUAAAGGAAAGUUAAUACCAGACAAAAUAAUUCAACUAAUAAUGAUCCUAAUCAUUCUCACAGGGUCCUUACAUAAACGGCAGAAGGAGCACAGACAGCGUGAAGGGGGAUGUGGUUGACUACGCUCGUCAGAAAUGGCCCAUCUUCUUCUCCAAGUUCUACGAGGUUACGCAAAUGUCAGGUAAGUCUAACAGGAAUAUAUCUGCAUAAUGUACCAGGUGAAGUUAGUUUCAUUUCACAUGAUGAAGCUUUUAGUUGUUUUACGUCAGGCAAAAUAUUUAUUUUCUUUGUCGAAGACGAUUUUAUUAGUAAGGUAUCUAUAAACCCACAGGACCUCCUCUAUCCAAAAGCAAUUUUAUUGUGGCCAUCAACUGGAAUGGGAUCUCCUUUCAGGACGAGAAAGAGAAGAAGCUCCUUGAGCUGCCCUUCCCAGAGGUGACUGGGGUCAACAAGUCCAGGUAUGGACAGGCAAUACCAAGGCCCUUUUCAAAUAUUUCUGAAAUGCAUCCUUCCUUCCUUCCUUCCUCCCUUCCAAGUGAUCACUGAUCUGAAUUGGUUGAAUUUUAGGUAAUAGAGUGAUAACCUUACUUGGAGCUAUCCAACCACGUAUAGGUCUGUUUACCUCAAGGAAACAAGAAAAGAUGCAUGUCUUAAGUAUUCCAACAGGGCCCAGAAUACAUAGCCCAACCUGGUUUUAUACAGUGGCAGUUUAUUGUUCAGUUGUCAAGUAGUGGUGGUCAUCAUGGUUCACAUUCUCCCUCAUACCGACAUCCAAUCCACCAUGAAGUUAUUACAUACAUUUCACAUACUUUUCAUAUGUUCCUCAGUGAUGACGGCAGGAUCGACAGCAGUCAGUCUGUGAGCCUGGCCACACUGAGAGGGCAGUUCCUACUGCAGUCUGUGGAGGCAGGGGAGAUGGCUGACCUGAUCCAGUGGUACCUGGAGGGCCUGAGGGAGCGCUCCGUCUACGCAGUGGCCCUGCAGGACAUCAACAGACAGGGUACGAAUAUGACGAUGAAUCAGUUGAUCCCUCACCUCACAGCUGAGGUUCACUGAUUUUGGAUAGGAUUGUCUAGGGUUAAGCUGUGUAUCUCUGAGCUACAGAGGGUUAGUUACAGUAGAUUGAUGUAUUUGGCAGAAUCAUAAUACUGACUAGUCUAUCAACAGACACUUCAUAACUGAGGUUCAUCCAUAUGGAUGAGAUGGGUGAAGGCCAUGCUGGGUAGCACUGCUUAAGAGGGGUGGGUAUCUGGAUGUGUUCCAUAGAAUCCUAAUGCUGUAAAUUGUAGUGUAAAACAAUGUAUUUGUCCCCAUCAGAUAAAACAGGUAGUAGGUAGUCAGUGUUUAACAGAAAACAUGCAUGACCUAAUAUGGUUUAUCUUAUGGACCUGGGUGACUUACUUCUCUCUGUCUCUCUCUCUCUCUCUCUCUCUCUCUCUCUCUCUCUCUCUCUCUCUCUCUCUCUCUCUCUCUCUCUCUCUCUCUCUCUCCUCUCUCUCUAUCUCUCUCGCUCUUUUCGAUCUAUGUGUCUAUCUCUCUCUCUGUGUCUCAUCUCUCUGGUGCUCUCUCUCGUGUCUCUAUCUCUGUGUCUCUCUCUCUGUCUCUCUCUCUCCUCUCUCUCUCUGUCUCUCCUCUCUCUUCUCUCUCUCUCUCUCUCGCUCUGUGUCUCUCUCUCAUCUCUCUGUCUCUCUCUCUCUCUCUCUCAAUUAAAUUCAAUUAAUUAUAUUGGCAUGGGAAACAUAUGUUAGCAUUGCCAAAGCAAGUGAAGUAGAUAGUAAACAAAAGUGAAAUAAACAAUAAAUAUUAACAGUAAACAUUACACUCAGAAGUUCCAAAAGAAUAAAGACAUUUCAAAUGUCAUAUUACGUAUACAUACAGUGUUGUAACAAUGUGCAAAUAGUUCUCUCUCUGCUUCUCUCUCGUUUCCCUCUGUCUGCAGACGACCCCACAUUCCUGAGCUACAAGCGAGGGGACAUGCUGGUCAUCCUGAAGGAUGGAGAGUUCUCCCCUGACCGGGGAUGGAUCAAAGGCACUAACGAGCGCACCGGGAACACUGGCGCCGUCUCCACGGAUACCGUCCUGGUUCUGCCAACCCUUGACAAGCCCAGCGAUACCACACUGGUAAGAAGGUUCUAGACUCUAACAGAAGGUUCUAGACUUAAAAUACUUAUCAAAACUUCACUUGAAUGAUGUUUCAAUUCAUAUGGUUAGAAGAAUAGGUCAAAGAACAGUAGUCUGGUCCCAGAUCUGUUUGUGCUGUCUUGCCAACUUGGCAAGACAGCACAAACAGAUCUGGGACCAGGCUAAUUAAACAGUGAGUUAUUGCUUACACACCUGCACUUAACCAGUUGGAAUGCUGCCCAUAUGUUGGGCGGACUUGUGAGCAUUGUAAGACUUAUGGUGGGGCAAGUCCACAUCAAGUCCCUGCUCUUAGGGGGAUUGUGGCAGGGGAAGACUACAAUCUUGUGGUCAUAUUAACGUUGUGUUUUUCUUUGGUUGAACCACAAGAAUCUGCUGAAUCUGAGCCCAGACCAGAGGACAGUGGCUCAGAAUGCACCCGCCAGGGAAGAAGCAGUGUCCCCUGUCUCACUGAAAGAGUUUGCCUAUGAGUACUUCAGGUAGAGAAAACUCUAUCAGUAAAUCCACUCUCACUACUAUUUAAACGACUUCAAUAACCAUUUUAACUUUAAUAAUAACCAUGAACAAUUGUAAAUGAAUCAUCGGUUUAACAAAGGCGUAUUCCAAUGUGACAGUAAUCUGACCAAUUAUCUCACUACUACAGUCUGCAUGGUUAACAGUAUAUUUUCUGGUCACACUAUUCUCAAGACAGCAAGUUAACCUUCUCUGUUUCCUUUGUUUACCUUAGGCAGCCUGGUAAAGAAGGGGGCCGCGGGGCGCAGGCCAGAGGCAGGGAGAAACUGUGGGCUGCUUCCAAAGAACCCAUCAAACAGCCCCUACUGAAGAGUCUGGUGGGCAACACCGACCUCAGCCAUCUGGCCUGCAUCUCCUUCAUUGAUAUCCUUUACUCAAAUACUUUAUUUGUUAAAGGGGAAGUUCAGGAUUUUACAACUUGAUGUUAGAUGGUUCCUCUCCCUGAAAGUUGUCUAUGGGCCACGACAAACUGGAAUCCAUGGUUCGGGUUUUCUUUAAACAGCCACUACAAACUUCAGUUAACUUUAGCCAACUUCAUGUUGAGAAACCAUCUAACAUCAAGUUGUAAAUUCCUGAACUUCCAUUUUAAUGUACGGUUGAUGUUCAUAUUGAUAUUGAGGCAAACACUGGAUAACAACCAGGAAGUGUUUUAAUAGGUGUUGAAGAAGACACUAGGGAGGGAUUACACCUGGGUUUAUUGCUACUGGAGACCUUUAAACGUUCAAUAAAAUUACUUUUAUUUUAUUUUUUACAAUGGCGUAACAUUUUCCGAAUUACCCUAGUAAAAAUGUCUCUCCAAGUGGAGUUUUCUGAACUUUUCCUGUUGUCCUUAACCUUUCCCUCACCUAUCCUAAAGUACAUGUGGAGGAUUACCCUAUCAAACAGGUACGCCAGCCCAUAGAUCUGACUGACCAGGAUCUUUGGCCCAGGCCCACUCAGCAUGUGCUGUUACAGGACGAGGUCUACUGCCAGAUCAUGAGGCAGAUGACCAGUAACAACAGCAGGUAUGUGGUAAGGGCAACAAUAUAGCCAUGUAAGCUAUUUCCAUGUCAUUUAGGAAAUAUAAUAUGCUUUGGCCCUGGAGACCCCCUCUAGCUUGUGUCGACGAGGUCUCACUCCGCUCCUGGCCGAGGAGGAGAGUAAGAAAGCACAAAAUCCACAGCCCAUGAGAAUUGAACAACGGGCAUAAAUUAGCCCAAUCAGCUUUUCCACAAAAAGGGGAAGAGGAAGAAAAGAAUAUGCAAGGAUGUAUUACACUCAUCCCGCAUCACAAUAACAGAAAACUUCAACAAAAAAUCACCCAAAAUUCUUUUUUUAAAAUUCCCCCCCCCCCUUUUUUCCCCCCCCCCCUCCUUUCCCCCCCCUUUCUUUUUCCCCCUUUUUUCCCCCAAACCCCCCUCCCCCAAUUUUAAAUUUCCCCCCCCCCUUUUUUCCCCCCCUUUUCCCCCCCGUUCCCUUUUCCCCCUUUUUUUUUUUCCCCCCCGGGGCCCCCUUUUUUUUUUUCCCCCCCAAAAAACCCCCCCCUUUUUUUUUAAAAAAGCCCCUUUUCCCCCUUUCCCCCUUUUUCCCGGGGGGAAACCUUUCUUUUUGGGCCCCCCCCCCUUUUUUUCCCCCUUUUUAUUGUUUUUCCCAAAAUCCGCCAGCCAAAAAAAAUUUUAAAAAUUUUGGGGUCGGGGGGCCCUUUUGGGGCCCCCCUUCCUUUUCCCCCUUCGCCCUCCGGGGGGGGUUUUUUAAAAAAAAGGGGGGGGAAUAUUUGGGGGGCAGGGAAAAAAAUUUUAAAAAAAAGAAAAAAAAAUUUUUUUUUUUUUAAAAAGGGGCCCGGGGGCCCCCAAAAAAAUUUUUGGGGGGGGGGAAAAACCCCCCCAAAACCCGGGCCCCCCCCCUUUUAACAACCCCCCCCCCUUAAAACCCCCCAAAAACCCCCUAAAAACCCCCCCCGGGGGCCCCCCUUUUCCCCCGGGGGAAAAAAAAAAACCCCCCCCCCCCCAAACCCCCCCCAAAAAGGGGGGGGGGCCCCCCCCCCCCCCCCGGGGAAAAAAAAAAAAGGGGGGGGGGGCCCCCCCCCAAAAAGGGGGGCCCCCCCAAAACCGGGGGGGUUUUAAGAACCCGGCCGGGGCCGGCCGGGAGGGGGCCCCAAGGGGGGGGGCCCCCCCUCCCCCCCAAUUAAAAGGGGGGAAAAAACCCUGGGGGGCAGGGGGGGGUGGAGGGGGGGGUGGGGCCCCCCCCCCCGGGGGGGGAGGGGUGGGGGGGGGGGGAAAAAAAAAAAAAAAAAAACCCCAAACCGGGCCCCUCUCUCUCUAUAGAUAUGAGCUUCGAUCUCUCUGGUAUGCUAGCGAGGCGCUGAUCUCUCGGCGCUACUGCUUCUCGGACUUAUCUCUCGCUCUCACUACUAUAUGCAAUAGUCUCAUACAUCUCUCUAUACUCUUGACCCCCCCCAUCUCUCUCUCUCUCUAUCUCUCUCUUUUCUUCCCUCUCUCUCUCUCUCUCUCUCCCUCUCUCAGAAUGAGUGUAGACUAUGGUUGGCAGCUCCUUUGGCUGUGUUUCCGGCACCUCUUACCCCCCCAGUCAGAUCCUGCUGAAGUUACACCAGCGUUUUCCUAGAGUCCACGGCCCAGAGAGCCCCAUGGCCUUGCAGAUUGCCUGCAACGGCUACAAAUGCUGCUCAGGUAGGGCUCCAAAGCACACUGUAGUGAAUUUGGGAGGCAGUGCGAAUAGGACUCAAACUAAAUGUCCCUACAAAUCCAACACCUAAGCCAAGAGGUCUCAAUCUGAAUAUCUUGAAUGGGGUUGCUGGAGUUGUGCUGAGGACGCUACAAAAUAUGGUAUUGAGGUGUUAAGUACUCAAAUGAGUGGGGGGAAAAUUAACGCUAUACCAUCCUCUUGUUUUAGUAUGGAGCCCAGGAAGCUGCCUCCCCAUCAGGUGGAGGUGGACGCCAUUCAACAGGACAGCAACCAGAUCUUCCAUAAAGUCCACUUCCCUAACGACACAGCUGAGGUAGAGAGCUUCUUAUUUGCGUAAUAUGAUUACUAUGAUGUGGUCCUCUGUAGCUCAGCUGGUAGAGCACGGCGCUUGUAACGCCAAGGUAGUGGGUUCGAUCCCCGGGACCACCCAUACACAAAAAUGUAUGCACGCAUGACUGUAAGUCGCUUUGGAUAAAAGCGUCUGCUAAAUGGCAUAUUAUUAUUAUUAUUAUUAUUAUUAUAACUAUGAUCACUAUAAUCAUUUUGAUUACUAUGAUCACUAUGAUUACUAUGAUUACUAUGAUCACUGUGAUUACUAUGAUCACUAUGAUUACUAUGAUCACUAUGAUUACUAUGAUCACUAUGAUCACUAUGAUUACUAUGAUUACUAUGAUUACUAUGAUCACUGUGAUUACUAUGAUCACUGUGAUGACUAUGAUCACUAUGAUUACUAUGAUCACUAUGACCACUAUGACCACUAUGAUCACUAUGAUUACUAUGAUCACUAUGAUUACUAUGAUCACUAUGAUUACUAUGAUUACUAUGAUUACUAUGAUUACUAUGAUCACUGUGAUUACUAUGAUCACUAUGAUUACUAUGAUCACUAUGACCACUAUGAUUACUAUGAUUAUCUCACAUCAACUUACAUACGGUAUCUGAACUUUUGUCACAGUGGAAACUAUCUGGCUGGCUAAAUCUACAGAAACAUAAUAAUACAGAAAUGUUGAUUAAUUAUGUUCAUUGUCCAUGUGAAAUAAAUGUAAUGAAUUAAAUGGGUCAAUUCUUAUUUGUAGCUCUUCGAGGUGACAUCAACGACUAGGAUUCGUGACCUUGUUCGUAACAUUGCCUACAAGCUCAUUCUAGCCUCAGCUGAUGGUUACAGUCUAUUCAUGAAAACGCCAAACAAGGUUAAAUUCAAGCUCAUAUCACAACAUUUUGAAAAUAAAAUAAGAUAAAUUAACUGGUUUAGUUAGUCCUGGUAGUGCAAGUGAAUGUAUGUUCAUUUUCUCUCUCCUUGUUGCUUUCAGGUGGUGAGCUUAGAGGACCAAAACUACUUCUUUGACAGUUUGAGGGAGACCACAGACCAACCUAAGAAAACAAAGAGAGUCAGAGAGGUGAAAAAAGGAAGUAAAACAGAGGGUAAGACACAGUACUGAAUUUAACAGAUACAAUGAACUCUUGCAUCCACCAAAUUGUCAGUGCAUGUACAUAGUAGCCCUAAAACAGUCAAAAACAUAAUAUAAUGUAUGCAAAAGAUCAAAGUAAACUCUUACUCCCACAAAGUUUUCAGUGGAUUGAAACUGGUAUGCUACACUACACUAUGCUAUGCUAUACUAUGCUAACAUAUGCUAUGCUAUGCUAUGCUAUACUAAACUAUGCUAUCCUAUGCUAUGCUAAACUAAACUCUGCUAUGCUAUAAGGAGUGAUGAACAUUUGUGUUUCAGGUGUUCCAGCCACCAUGCCCUACCUGGUCCUAUUCAUGAGGAAGCUGUGGUUCAACGUGACACCAGGAAGAGACCUGACCGCUGACCUCACUUUCCACUUCCCACAGGUCGGGCAUGAAAGACACAGACAGACAGACAGACAGGCACUCACACAGACUACUGUACAUUUCUAGUAGUAGAAUGAGUUUUUAUUCAUCAUUCAAAUCUCCCAUUGGGUAAUGCUUUACACUAAAGACUUGAGUUACCUGUCCGCAUCUCAACCUGUAUUCAAACCACUGUAAAUAGUGAGUAAGCGGGGUUAACCCAGAACCCCGUUGCUCAUCGCUCAUACACAAACCUCUCCCCUCAGGAGUUGCCCAAGUACCUGCGUGGCUACCACAAGUGUACCAAGGAGGAGAUGAUCAGCCUGGCUGGCCUGCUGUUCCGGGUCAAGGUGGACACGGACAGGUCCCAGUUUGUCAUGAUUCCCAGGAUGCUGAAGGAUCUGGUGCCGGCUGACGAGAUGAAAACCAUGUCCCCAGAGGACUGGAAGAAGGUGGGGAUGAGGAGGAGAUAACAGAUACCCAUAGUACACUGCUCCACUGGCAGUCCUUCUCAUUUUAUUUUUCUUUAUAUGAUAUUUGGCAUACAUCUCUUACUCUCUCCAUUACUAAGCAGAUGGCUCAUUCCAAUAAAUGAUCAUUUCUGCAAUUAGAACUGCCAUUGUGACCUGAAGACUAGUUAUUCAACCACUACCCUAACAGUGUUCUUAGUAUAUUAGUAGUGCUGUGGCGUCGGGUGAUUUAGAAGGAGUCAGGCGCAGGAGGGUAAAAUACAGAAUAAAUGGUUUAUUCCGUAAGAACAGCGGUACGCAGCAAUGCGUAAAACACUCCAGUGUGGAAAUACGGCGCACUGGAGAACAACAAGGCACACGGGUGAAUAUCCCGGCUAUACAAAACAAUAUAGCUCCACUGAGCUAUGGUAACCUCCACAAUAAACAAUCACACACAAAGACAGGGGGGGCAGAGGGAAUACUUAUACAGGUACUGAUGAGGGGAUAUGAACCAGGUGUGUGUAAUAAACAAGACAAAACAAAUGGAAUGAUGAGAUGAGGUGCGGCAGUGGCUAGAAGGCCGGUGACGACAAACGCCGAAACCUGCCCGAACAAGGACAGGAGGCAGCUUCGGAGGAAGUCGUGACAAGUGCACGAUUAUAACAAAUAUUUUGGCCAGAUGUAUAUCAUACGUAUGUCAAUAUUUGAAAGCAUACAACAUACAGUAAUAAAGAAAUACCGAAACUUGUAUUUCUGAAUCUUUCUGUUGUUUUCUUCUUCCCUUAUAGCACAUCAUCUCCUCCUAUAACAAACAGGCUGGUAUCACCUUGGACGAGGCUAAAGUGGCCUUUCUAAAAGGCAUCUGCCACUGGCCGACGUUCGGCUGUGCUUUCUUCGAAGUAAAGGUACGUUAGGAGACAGCUCAAGUCAAUAGGAAAACGAUACAUACUGACACCAACCUUCGUAUCCCAUUGGUGACUUUCUGUAUAAUCUUGCUUCACAGCAAACCUCUGAACCGAGUUACCCGAGUAUCGUCCAGAUUGCAAUCAGCAAACAAGGAGUCAACUUCAUCAACCCCAAAACAAAGGUAAACGUACCAUUGUUUUUAUGAUUAUUUUGAUUUGAUCAACAUUAUCAGAGCAUUGUACUUUAAUCUAUAGGACAUUUACUGCCAGAUGUUCAUAUAAUUAUGCUGACCUCAAGUGCAGUUACCUAAAAUCUGAAAACCCUUACAUAUGUUCUCCAUAUGCUGCACCACAACAUUAAGGCAACAUCAAGCUAGGAUCCCACUUCUGCUAUCAUCAGCACUAUAAAGUAUUGACCGUCUCUGUUUAACCAAACAUUACCUUUUGACCUUUACCUAUACCUCAGGAGUUGCUGGUCAUGCACCCGUUCAACCGCAUCACCAACUGGUCCAGCGGGAGCACUUACUUCCACAUCACCAUUGGCAACCUGGUCAAAGGGAACACUUUCCUUUGUGAGACCUCAUUGGUGAGUGGCCAUUAUGUCUUUGAGGCAAAAUGAAAGAUGUUACCUCCUUUAAACCAAUACAUUUUGUGUAAAUCGAAAGUGCUGAUAUAGUGUUUGUUGAGGGCAUACUAAAUGACCUUCACAAACACUUGCAUUGUAGUGACUUAUUCACUAGAGCCAGAAUGUGAUGUGUCUUUGCCUCUAUGUUCAUGCCCCAAUGACUCUAUUUGUCUCUCCUCUUCAGGGUUACAAAAUGGAUGACCUCUUAUCAUCUUAUGUGAACAUGUACGAGAUGCAGAGGCAGGCUGUGCGACCCAGAAAUAACUCCAUGUUCCCUACCUAAUGCCUGCUGGGAAAUAUGGAGGACAAGGAAGAUUCAUUUAUAAAACAGUAAACCAAGCAUUAAGGGAGAAUCAAGAAAAGAGAACCCAAUGGAUAGAACUAGUAAUUUGAUGGAGGAAUUGAAUUGUUAUAUUGCUUUUCAGUUGGUCUAAAACCUUUUGCCUAGCUUUGUAAUGAAUAUGCUGUAUUCAAUUGGCACUGUGCCUUGUAGUGUAUUGUGUGUAAAAGAUUUCUCAUAGCAAUUUCGAAUACCGGUAUCCACAGUGUGGAACCCCCCAAAAAUGACCUGUGUAGGCCUAUAUACAAACAACAAAGGAUGACUGAAUUAAAACUAAUAAAGCAUUUCUGAAAUAUAAGAUGGC